AAUAGCUAUGUCCAGGGGACCUUAGACAUUCCGCUUCUCACCAAAACCGUGGGCCAGUGCCUGGAUGAGACUGUUGAGCGGUUUCCUGACCGCGACGCCUUGGUCUUCUGCCGGGAUGGGGUUCGGAAGACGUUUGCUCAGUUCAAAGAAGAGGUGGACCAGGCAGCAGCUGGGCUUCUGGCUCUUGGCCUGAAGAAGGGAGACCGACUAGGAAUGUGGGGUCCCAAUAAAUACGAGUGGGUUCUCAUGCAGUUUGCAACUGCCCAGGCAGGAAUCAUCCUGGUAUCUGUGAAUCCAGCCUACCAGGCCCUUGAGCUGGAGUUUGUCAUCAGGAAGGUUGGCUGUAAGGCACUGGUGUUUCCCACUCAAUUUAAAACACAGAAAUACUACGAUAUUCUAAAGCAGUCAUGUCCUGAGCUAGAAAAAUCCAGUCCAGGGGGAAUAAAGAGCAAAAGGUUACCUGACUUAUCCGUUGUCAUCACAGUGGACUCCAAGCUGCCUGGCACCUUCCACAUGGAUGAAGUGAUGCAGGCUGGGGACAGCAGCCAUAUGAAGCAGUUAAGAGCCGUGCAGCGGACCCUCUCCUGCAAUGAGCCCAUCAACAUCCAGUUCACUUCAGGGACAACGGGAAGCCCCAAAGGAGCCACCCUCUCUCACAGGAACAUUGUGAAUAAUGCCAAUCUGUUUGGUCUGAGGCUGGGGAUCACAGAGCAGGACUAUCGUGUUGGCCUUCCUGCACCCCUCUAUCAUUGCCUGACGUCGGUAGGAGGCUGCAUGGUGAUGGCUCUGCACGGGUCCUCCUGCAUCUUCUCAUCGCCAAGUUUCGAGGGGAAGGCUGCCCUGGAGGCAGUGUCUCGCGAGAAAUGCUCCUUUCUACACGGCACACCAACCAUGUUUAUAGACAUGCUCUCCCAGCCAGACUUUGACUCCUACAACCUGUCAACUCUCCGGGGAGGAGUCAUUGCAGGUUCUCCUGUUCCCCCUGAGAUUGUGAAGAUGAUUAUCACCAAGAUGCACAUGCCGGAGAUCAUGGUUGCCUAUGGGACCACAGAAAACAGCCCUGCCACCUUCAUGGGAUUCCCCAAUGACAGCAUCACCAGAAAAACCGAGACGGUGGGAUGUGUCUUUCCCCACACAGAGGCAAAAAUUGUGGAUCCAGAAACAGGGAAGUCUGUGCCUCUGAACACUCCUGGGGAGCUUCAGAUCCGUGGCUAUUGCGUCAUGCUGGGCUACUGGGAUGACCCCACCAAGACGAGCGAAGUUGUCACUGCUGAGAGGUGGUACAAGACGGGGGACCUUGCGAGCCUGGAUGAGCAUGGCUACUGCAAAAUUAUAGGCCGUUGCAAGGACAUGAUUAUUCGGGGAGGAGAGAACAUCUACCCAGCAGAACUUGAGCAGUUUCUCCACACCCACCCCAAGGUUGAGGAGGUCCAGGUGGUUGGUGUGAAGGAUUCGCGGAUGGGAGAGGAGAUCUGCGCCUGCAUCCGAGUGAGGGCUGGGCAGGACUGCACCGAGGAAGAGAUUAAAGCUUUCUGCAAAGGGAAGAUCUCCCAUUUCAAGAUCCCGCGGUAUGUUGUGUUCGUGGGUCAGUACCCGCUCACUGUCUCAGGCAAGAUUCAGAAAUACAAGUUGAGGGAGCAGAUGGAGAAGCACCUUCAGCUCUGAGCUCAGGAAGGCAGAACCAAAAAGGGGAUAAAUCAGUCCUGCUUCAGCCAGCUUUGCAUCUGCUUUUCACCUGUGUCUUGGGCUAUGCGGUGGAGAUGUUCUUUCCCCAACAUCAGGUUGAUGGUACUUUCAGUUAAUAAAACAGAGAGCCUUUUUUUCCCAGUUGGGUUUGUUUCUUUGCCAACAGAAAUACUACGGUGUGAGGAAGGGAUGCGUAUUUCUGGAGUUCUCUCCUGCUACUGAAAGACCUUAUGGAGGUUUUAAAAUCUUGCAUCUCUUUGAGAAUUUGGCUGCAGCCAUUUCAGAGGACUU